AUGUUGUCACGACUGGCCGUCAAGGCUGCGAAGCCCACAGCCUUCGGUGCCGCUGUUGGGUUCAAGCCCCAGAUCCGAUUCCUCUCCUCAACUGCCACCCUGGCUUCACAGACGAGCCCGGGUAGCAAGGGCAGACAGAUGCCCUCGACCAAAUCUCGAGCCACCGCACCCGCCUCUGGCAUCGGAGCCACCCUUACCAUCCGUGAUGGCCCGAUCUUCCAAGGAACUGCUUUCGGCGCGAACCUGAACAUUUCGGGUGAAGCAGUCUUCACUACAUCGCUUGUUGGCUACCCGGAGUCAAUGACCGACCCUUCAUACCGCGGCCAGAUUCUGGUCUUCACCCAACCCUUGAUCGGCAACUACGGCGUUCCCUCUGCUCAGCGUGACGAGUGGAACCUGUUGCGACACUUCGAGUCCCCUCAUAUUCAGUGUGCUGGUGUCGUAGUGGCCGACGUCGCCGAGCAGUAUAGUCAUUGGACUGCUGUAGAGGGCUUGGGAGAAUGGUGUGCCCGCGAAGGCAUUCCUGCCAUCUCGGGUGUGGACACGCGUGCUAUCGUCACGCACCUCCGAGAGCAGGGAUCUUCUCUCGCCAGAAUAUCCGUUGGGGAUGAAUACGACGCAGACGAGGACGAGGGCUUCGUCGACCCGGGCCAGAUCAACCUGGUCAAGAGGGUCAGCACCAAAGCUCCCUUCGUGGUCGAGGCUCACAACCCCAAGUACCACAUUGCCUUGAUCGAUUGCGGUGUGAAGGAGAACAUCCUCCGAAGCUUGGUGAGCCGUGGCGCCAGUGUGACUGUGUUCCCUUACGACUUCAAGAUUCAGAAGGUGGCCGAGAACUACGAUGGUGUCUUCAUCUCGAACGGUCCUGGUGACCCGACCCAUUGCCAGGCCACCGUCCACAACCUGAAGAUGUUGAUGGAGACAUCUCAGGUGCCGGUCAUGGGUAUUUGUCUGGGCCACCAGCUUCUUGCUCUGGCCGUCGGAGCUCGCACCAUCAAGCUCAAGUACGGAAACCGGGCACACAACAUCCCGGCGCUGGAUAUGACGACUGGUCAAUGCCAUAUUACCAGCCAGAACCACGGUUAUGCUGUUGACUCUAGCACUCUGCCAAGUGACUGGAAGGAGUACUUUGUCAACCUGAACGAUGGCAGCAAUGAGGGUAUGCGCCACACUUCCCGCCCGAUCUUCUCUACCCAAUUCCACCCCGAAGCCAGAGGUGGCCCGAUGGACAGCUCCUAUCUGUUUGACAAGUACAUUGAGGAUGUCACGGCUUUCAAGUCGUGCCAGUCGGUAUACAAGGACAACCGGCCAUCCCAGUUCAUGCUCGACAUUCUGAGUAAAGAACGCGUGGGCGUGCAGCCGGAGAAGUUGGCCACUGCUGCCUAA